GCUUCCUGCCUCUCCUCUCUCCAGCCUCUUCUAACUGUCGCUGCAGCCACAUCUGGUUCUUCAGCCCGGCGCCACUUGCAAAAGCUUAGAGGUUCCCGAGCCUUAGGGAGUGUUGGGGGGCAGGGGCUGAGCAGGGCGAGGAUGAUAGGACCCGCUCCGUGGAGUGUCUUUGAGAUUGAAACAACACACCUGCGGCGUUAGGAACCUUCUCCACUCUUGCUCGGCACCAGCAGACGCUAGCUGUCGCCAGCGUUCAAAACCUUUUAAAUCCUACGACAUUUGCUGAUGUAAAACUGUCUUCAACCAGACAUCAAUGCGCGGAAAGCUCUUUAAGAUCUUCAAGAAGUAAAGCUCGAGAUCUCUAGAAGUCAGUCAUCAGUCUAUCGCAGUGAAAGCUCUCUGACUUCGUCGGGUCGCCUGAUCCUCAGUGGAACCCGGCAUCCCCACGAUGUGGUUGUUUUUUACAAUGACCUGUUGUUUGAUCUCCGGAACUCUAAAUGCUGGCGGCUUCUUCAAUCUGGAAAACGAAGCGAAUCCUGAAGUGUGGAUGAAUAUUAGCGAGAUCAUCACCUACAACGGCUACCCCAGCGAGGAGUAUGAGGUCACCACGCAGGACGGGUACAUCCUCAGCAUCAACAGGAUCCCGCACGGCCGGGCGGAGGCCGGGAGCACAGGUUCCCGGCCCGUUGUCUACCUGCAGCACGCCUUGUUUGCCGACAACGCCUCCUGGCUUGAGAAUUAUGCCAACGGCAGCCUUGGGUUCCUUCUCGCAGACGCGGGUUACGACGUCUGGAUGGGAAACAGUCGGGGGAACACUUGGUCGAGGAGACACAGAACGCUCUCAGCGACCGAGGAAAAAUUCUGGGCCUUCAGUUUCGACGAGAUGGCCAGAUACGACCUCCCAGGAAUAAUAGACUUCAUCGUAAACAAAACGGGGCAGCAGAAGCUGUACUUCAUCGGACACUCCCUGGGCACCACGAUAGGAUUUGUGGCCUUUUCCAGCAUGCCUGAGCUGGCACGGAGAAUCAGAAUGAAUUUUGCCCUGGGUCCGGUGGUCUCAUUCAAAUACCCCACGGGCAUUUUUACCAGUUUUUUUCUACUUCCGAAUUCCGUAAUCAAGAGAUUUUUCGGUACCAAAGGUUUCUUUCUAAAGACGGGGAAGGUACCUUCCAUCAGAAUCUGCAACAAUAAAAUAUUGUGGGUGAUUUGUAGUGAAUUUAUGUCCUUAUGGGCCGGAUCCAACAAGAAGAACAUGAAUACGAGCCGAAUGGACGUGUACAUGUCCCACGCGCCCACCGGAUCGUCAAUACAGAACAUACUGCAUAUAAAACAGCUUUAUGGAUCUGAUGAAUUCAGAGCUUAUGACUGGGGAAGUGAAGCUGAGAACAUGCAUCACUACAAUCAGAAAACGGAGGCCCGCGACUGUUCCGGUGUGCCUGCCACACCCCCGCCCCGCCGUCCUACCUCCCCUCACCCCUGCUGCUGCUUCUGAAACACGGGCACCUGCCGUCACCCUGCGAGUCCAUCACGCGUCCCCCUUCACCCACCCUCUGCCUUUGAUCAGCGUUCCUGAUGCGUGCGGGGCCAAGGCGAGCGUCCCCACCUCCUGGGGGCCCCACACUGGGCCCCAGGGCUUCCUCUUUCCACUGCAGCUGCUUAUGUGAGUCGCCGAACCCAGGGCCCGGCUCUCACCUGCAGGUGUUUGCCCUGGGGGUCCCCACGGCCCCCUCCCAGACCCCAACCCUCAACGUGGGGUGGCCAUCCGCAUCCCCAACCCAGACGUCCCCUUCUGGACGGCCUCCCUCAUCCCCGCCCCACCGGCACGCGCUGCUUUCUGCUAAUUGUCAGCCCGCCUCUGACACUUCUCCCUUGGAGGUCUUAAGCCACCCCAAUGCCCGACGACGCCGAUCGUCCCUUCUCCGGGCCACCGCCACGCCUGUCUACAUUGUCCAGUGUCCGCCUCCAGCUGGCCCUUCCUCCCUCCGGCGUCCCGGGCUCACGGUCCUGCAGUCAACCCAAGACUGAGCUCUGAGAAAGACCCUGCCCCCUGCCCCCCACUUCCGAAGGAUGUCCAAGCACCUGGGCCUGGGGUGUGGACCUUGCCUGUCUCCAAUCCUAGAUCGACACCGUCUGGCUCAGAGUUCCUUCCCUGGGUUCCCGGGACGCCCUGCCUUCCCGAGGGUGCUAUUCAUGCCUUUGCCACCUGCCGGGAAGCCCUCCCACCGCAUCCCUAUCCGGCAAAGUCCCACGGUCCCUCAAGGGUCAUUUCGAGCGACUCCUCCGCACAGGAAGCCAGAAGUCGCUUCUUCUUAGCCCACCUCCCGUGGUUUGGGGGCAGCGUCCUGUGGCCCUUGACGCACACUGCUUUGUAGGCGAGUGUUUGUCGACCGCCCCCUUGAAGAUAGGGACCAUCGAAGGCGCUCUUUCUCCUUCCCUCGGGGCUCACCCGCGGCCUCCCCGGCUGCGUGGGAAGCCUUCUCUCACGGACGCUCCUUCUCUC